AUGGAUGAGUCUGAUCUGCGAUACUAUUCAACAGCGCCGCAGUUCUAUCAACUUGUCAAGCGGAUGGAUCCGACGUUCUUUGAAUAUGAUCUGUGCAGUUUCUUUUACGAGAAACUCAGCGACAUCUUAGAGCAAAUGUCUGUUACUCUGGAACUAUCAUCAGACCGUAGAGACACUCUGUAUCGUGAAAAUUACAACACCAAUAAACCGCUGCCAGCAGAGGUUUUCCUACAACAAGACAACAUGAUGGUCAUGGGUGAUAUAUUGGUAGCGGAGGGUGCGCUUGUGAAGCAGGAACCAUACGACAAGGAUACGGACGUCAAAACUGAGGAAAACGAAGAAGAGGACCAGAAGCCCUUUGACACUCUUGAUGGAUGCUUCAAAACAAUGCUGGGCUUGUCUAAAGGACAUCUCAUCAAUAAUUUCUGGAGCGGUAAUGUGGAAGAAAAGGAGUUGCUGCAGCUCAAAACAAACCGGGAUACAGAUAAAAACAGUUUACGCCCCGAUCCAAGCAAGUUAUUUCGCAUGGGAAAUCCAAGUGAUGAUAGCUCUUAUAGCAAGUAUAGCAAUCUCUUUGUUGAACACAAAUUUGGCGAGCAUCCUGCUACUAGAAGGAAGAUCGCUGACAAAAAGAAGUAUCUUUGCACCAAGUUCUCGUUGUUGGAGGAAGGGGAAUGGGCGUUCGAGGUGACGUUUUUUCUUUUUUUUUUCGUAGUUCUUUCGUUCUGCAUUUUUUCUUCCAUAAAUAUGCACCUUUGAGU